GGUUUUUCAACGGAAGGUGCGUGAACGAAAUAUUGACUGAGGUAGGGGGACCAGACAACCUUGGCUUGGAAAUUUUUCAUGGCAAAUUAAAGGGAAUAACCCAAAAAACGCAGACACAUACACGAGGAGCCUACCAGCCUCCUAAGAAUCACUUUGUCAUUUUGUUUUCAAGUUGCAGAGAUAUGGUGAAACCAGUUCAAGAGACCACUACAGCUGUAGUUUGUAGAAUAGGCCAGGUGCAGGGUCAACAGAAGGAUGAAAAUUCCAUUAUUAAUAAUGGAAAGUUAAUUAUGAACCAAUUUGAUAUAGAAGGAAUAAAAGAAUCUUUUCGUGUUGGGAAAAGUACAAGGCCUGUCAAGAGAAAUGAUUUUUGUAUCUUUAACCAGAGUGAUCCAAAAAGAGCAUGUUCACAGAAAGAUCUUCAAAAAACAUCUUUGGGAGCUACACAGUUGCAAAGGCUUCCAAACAAUAUUGAUACAGUUUAUGGAAAAGAAUACUGGAGAAGAGACUUUUUCUCUAAAGAACUCAACAUGCUGGGCCUGAAUUGGAAACAAAGACGUUUUACGCUGGGAUCAUACAUGCUAAAAUUUUUCUUGAGUGUAUGGAAGUCGGGUUUCAUCCAGCUACAUGUAGGUGGAAUCAAAUGGAAGAGAAAACAUUUUUUCUGCUGGAUUCUGAUACUUAUGGUGACUGCAAGUGCAAGUGAUUGUCCUACAGAAUCUGUGGGCACAGUAAAAGAAGUUGAAUCCUGUCCCCUAAACAAGAAAGAACAUGACGAGGCUGCAAGGAAUAUGAACUGCUCCAGUCUGGUGUCACUUGAGUGUGCUGAUCUGGAAUAUCAUUGUGUAGUUAAUGGUUUUGGGAAUGGUACUGUUGAAGUAUGUGCAAAAAGGAUUGUGGUCCAUGAAGGAUAUUGCGCUGAAUUUAACACACGUGGAAAGACAACUCAAAUAAGUUACAGUGUGAAACCAGAAAAUCCACCCAGAGAAUAUUAUUACUCAACGGAGGCAUACAAAUAUCCCGAGUGUUAUAAGAGUAUUCUGCCAAUAACGAAUAUACCUACACUGCUAUCUACAACUGAGAAUACUAAUGAGCUAGCAACAACACAUAUCCUUGAAAAUGACACCAAGCCAAUGGAAGAGGGAAAACCAAAUAACAAUUACACUUGGGUGGCAGCAGCAGUUGUUGGUGUAAUUCUACCUUGUGUCACUGUUGCUGUUCUUUUCCUGCUUUGCAACAGAUUGCAUUGCAGAGGUGCAAGAGAAAACGUGGAAGGGGAAAUGGAAGGAAGCAAAACAGAUCCAUUAUUAAAUGGCAAGUCAUCAGAUGGAAGAAGAAACCAAGAAAAUUCUCCGGCAGAAGAUCAUCCUUGUAUGAAUGGGAUGGCAAAAUGAAUAAUUGAUUGGAAAGAAAAUAUGAACUCUUUAAUUUCAUUUAACACUAAAAGAAAUUGAAUUCUAUUAUAAGAAGAUAAGUACAUAUUUGUUAUGUGGAGCUCAAAUAAUUUAAGAUGACAAUUUUCAUAAUAUUAUGAAAGACAUGUAUUAGCAUGCAUGUAUAUGUAUAUGCCUGAUUCAAGAUAACGAAAAUAAUUUUUCUAUAUUGUAAUAUUCAUAAAAACGAAACCUUUAUUUAUGUCUUGCAGACUUCUAAUGCCUAUAGGCAAGCUCACCGCAGCUUGAUUUUGCUAAUUUUGUAAAAGUCAAAUAAAACACUUUCAUGGAGAUGAAAAAUGUCAAUUAUUAAAAUGACGGUAUAACCAUGAUAAUGUGAACAAUUAAACAAACCAGAAGGGGAUCAGAAAACCUUUAUAUUUACAAAUUAUACAAUGUCCUACAGUGUCAUAUAAUUAUAUAAUUGUAAGUGUAUUUUUGAAAUGAACAAUUUUAUUUUGAAAAUGGCACUGAAUGACAAAUGUUCUUUUCUUUUUUUCCUUUUCUUUUCUUUCUUUUUUUUCUUUUACAGAACUUCCU